AUUUUGUAAGUUCAGUCAUAAGACUAACACUCGAUCGAUUGCAGUAAUGUCUGGAAGAGGUAAAGGCGGUAAAGGACUCGGAAAAGGAGGCGCUAAGCGGCACCGUAAAGUUCUGCGGGAUAACAUCCAGGGCAUCACCAAACCCGCCAUCCGUCGUCUCGCUCGCCGCGGCGGAGUCAAGCGUAUCUCCGGUCUGAUCUACGAGGAGACCCGCGGUGUGCUGAAGGUGUUUCUGGAGAACGUGAUCCGCGAUGCCGUUACCUACACCGAGCACGCCAAGAGAAAGACCGUCACCGCCAUGGACGUCGUGUACGCGCUGAAACGACAGGGACGCACUCUGUACGGCUUCGGAGGAUAAACACGUCCGUGUUACCAUAGAAACCCAACGGCUCUUUUAAGAGCCACCCACACUGUCUCAUAAAGAGUUGUAGUAGUACUGUUUUUGUUGGUAGAAACUAACAAUAGAGUCUUGUGAAUGGACUCCACUUAAAAAAAUAAAACCAGUAUAUUGCUGGUGUGUUUAUUGCACCCAAAAUAUAAUUAUAUUACUUUACUGACUUUAUUUAUUUUUUGAGCCGGAAGUCGAUUUUCUAAAUUGAAUCUCGUAUGUUUUCCUUUUUUCUUUUUCUCAAAGGCCAACCGACUGACAACAUUUUUUUACA